AUGCGUGUGCAGGGUGGGGGUCAGGCCUCCAUUUUUACCAGGUCAUCUGCAGCAGCUGUCCACUGGCAUGCCAGAGGGAGCGUCACAGUGGUGAUACAGGGGUUCAGAAGUGAACCGAGGCGGCUCCGUGCAGUUUGAUCCAGGAAGGUUUACUCUCACCGUCUCCGGCCCGUCCAGGACCUGCAGCCCCACCAUGGCGGAUCAGUACCAGUACAACACCAACGAGGAGAAGAUUGUGAAGGACAGCCACACCAAGGAGAUUGAUCUCAUUAACAGAGACCCCAAGCAGAUCAAUGAGGACGUGGUGAAGGUGGACUUUGAGGAUGUCAUUGCAGAGCCUGACGGUACACACAGCCUGGAUGGAGUGUGGAAGCUCAGCUACACCACCUUCACCGUCUCCAAAUACUGGUGCUACCGCAUCUUGUCUGCUGUUUUUGGUAUCCCUGUCGCUCUGCUCUGGGGCUUCCUGUUCGCCUGCAUCUCCUUCUGCCACAUCUGGGCUGUGGUUCCCUGUAUCAAGAGCUGUCUGAUUGAGUCACAGUGCAUCAGCCGCAUCUACUCUCUCAUCAUCCAGACCUUCUGCGACCCCUUCUUUGAAGCCCUGGGCAAGAUCUUCAGCAGUGUGCGCGUUGCACUGCGCAAAGAAGUCUAACAACUCACACAAUAGUGUUUAUAGUACGAUCGGAUGAAGUGCGGUAUCUUUUUAUACACCAGAAGAUCAGUCCUGGCGUCUUGCUUACUCCCUGAUACUCCUCCUCCUGCCUUCAUAACAUGCUGUUCCCCACCCACCACCCACCCACCCAACCUCAAGCUCUCAGCUCUGAGUCCUGACAUGCCCGGUGUGCCUUUUGCCACCAGAAGCUCAGUGACAGCUGCAGCAGGCAGCGUGGUUCUGUGACAGCUCUGGCACUCCCGGAAGGCUCAGUGCUCCUCACUGAGGGGGAAGAGGACUGCCUGCCAUGACCCGGAUCUGUCUGAACCUCAUUUAUUUGUAUCACAAAAGCCAAAGACAAUAUCCACUCCUUCACAACAAAUGAAUUCCCCAGCACUGCUGCACCUGUGGACAAUGCUGCCUAUAUGCGUUACAUUUGGCCAUCCUUUAAAGUUUUUACGCUGUAUAUUGCUGUGUCUGGUUUUGUUUAACUUUAUAUUAACUAAGUAGGAUUUGACAGUCAUAUGCAUAUUCAAGGGCGAAGGUUUCAUUCAAGGUUGGGGAGGACACAUAUGAAGCAGGGGAUUUGUGGUCCUUCCCUAGGAAAUUUUGAGUGUCAAACACUUCAUUGUCUGCAUUCUGGUGAUUUUUUUAUGCACCUUUUUUUGCCUUUUCUGCAUCAAUUUAUGGUGGAAAUGUCUGUAAAUUUGUCAAAAUAAAAGUCCUCUGCUACUUUUAUGUUUUUAUUGGAGGUGACAAAUGCACAUGCUCUAAAUAUGGAGAGGAACAUGUCCCCUGUGUCCCCCGCCCCCAGAAAUCUACACCAUUGUAUGUAUAAUUUUUGAAAAGCUUUAUAACAUCAAGAAAGUAAUUGAAAAUAUUUUCUCUACAUUACUGUUUUGUAAUUUGAGACAACCCACAGUGCUGACUUUCAGGUGGAAGAAAUAUGUUUGUAAAUGCUGAUAAUCUACUUCCUUUUUAUCAAAGUGUGAUGUGAGAAGUUUGUGCAAACAAGUAUGGACAUAACUGCUGAUGGAGUAAAGUAAAAGCCUCUCUGUGAGACCAA